GACCCGGGGGAAAGGGCUGGGGCCGGGCAGGAAAGUGACUCUGCACCAGUGGCCCCUCCUUGCCCCAGCUCCGCUCCCGGGCGGGGUCUGCGAGUCCCAGAGCUGCUGCCCUCCCUGACCACCCCCGGCUCUGCCCCCCUGAGCGCCUGCAGGAGCCGAGCCAGCUCCGGGAGAGCGAACGCCCCGGGCUGGGCCAGGGACCGAGUCUCCCAGCCCGAGAGGAGAGUGGGCGGGAGGGAGACAAGGGGAGAGACUGGCAGGGGCAGCAGGAGCAAUCAGUGGGGAGGGAGGUCCCGGCUCCCAGCCCCACCCAGCUCCUUUCCCUGCAGCACCCCGGUGCAGAUUGACUUUCCUGGGACAAGGUGAGGAGCAGCGAGAGGAAAAGCCAGUUCUUGCCUCUGCCUGGUCCCUGCACUGCUGUGGGGAUGCGCUGCCCUGAGGACAGUGACAGGAGGAUCCCCCAGAGCGGCUCCUUUGGUUCUGCACCUUUCCGUAUAGCUGGAGUGCACAGUGACACUGACAGUUAGUGUUGGCUGCACAGUUUCAUUCUAAAAGGACCUUUUCGGUUGCUUAUAAAAUGCUCCAAGUUACUAGAUGGACCUCGUGUCUGAUCUAUUUUAUGAACUUUCAGAAGAACCACUUAACCCGUUUUUGUUGGAUGGGGUGGGAGGAAAUUAAAAACUAAUCAUUUUCUGAAGAGCUCUAGCACCUUAAACAGUUUUUCUAGAAGUUUUACAGUUGAUGGAAAGAAUUCCUAAGGUCAGACACUGUCAUCUCUGUAGUCUGGUAAAAAUCUGUUAUGAUGUAUGUAUGUUAGGAGGGUUGAAUAAUUCUCCAUUGUGCAUACUCACUGAUUUUGUUUUCAUUCAAUACAAAUUUUUUUUAACUUACUUGGGAUCCACUUCUACCAGCAUUUACACACCUGUUUGUCUUUGAACAUCCUGAUUCUAGAUUGUCCCAUCAUUCUGGGGGAUGGAGAAGGGAAAUGUCUGAAGUGGAGCUGGUGACUUUUGAAGAGGUGGCUAUGCAUUUCACCAAGAGAGUGAGCGAACUUUGCCGGACCUCAGCCAGAGAACCCGCUACAGGAUCAUUAUGCAGGAGAAUUAUGAGAUUUCAACCUCGCUGGCAGGUGAUGGGACGGUGAGUGAGAAAAAGAAGGAAGAUUCUGAGCAGGUGGGAUCACAGGUGACAUUAUCAGGUAAAGCCACAGGGAAAGUUUUCCAGAGCACUGAACAGGGAGAAGCCUGUCAGAGUCAGCGCAGGCCAGAGAGGCAGCUGGGAAACCAAGCAGGGGAGAUCCAGCGUGAAUCCACUCACAGGAGCAGAGGGUUCAAAGAAAUCAAACAGCCUGUACUACAGAGAAUCGCCUCUGGAGAGGAACUGAACUUAUGCAGCGACUGUGGGAGAAGCUUCCUUUGGAAAUCAGCCCUUAUUACUCACCAGAGAAUCCACACAGGAGAGAAACCCUAUAAGUGUCUAGACUGUGAGAAAAGCUUCAGCCGCAGCUCACACCUUAUUUCACAUCAGAGAACCCAUACAGAGGAGAAACCGUAUAGCUGCUCUGAGUGUGGAAAAAGCUUCAAUCAGCAGUCCAAUCUUCUUAUACACCAGAGAAUCCACACAGGAGAACGGCCCUAUAAAUGCCCCGACUGUGGGAAAAGCUUCAGUUACAACUCAGUCCUUAUGACACAUCAGAAAAUGCACACUGGAGAGAAGCCCUAUAAAUGUCUUGACUGUGAGAAAAUAUUUAGCCAGCGCUCAGACCUCACUAAACAUCAGAGAACCCAUACGGGGGAGAGACCCUACAAAUGCAAUGAGUGUGGGAAAAGCUUUAGUCUGAGCUCCCACCUUAUUUCACAUCAAAAAACCCAUAAGGGAGAGAAACCCUAUAUAUGCUCCAACUGUGGGAAAAGCUUCAGUGACAGCUCAAACCUUAUUACGCAUCAGAGGAUCCACACAGGAGAGAAGCCCUACAAAUGCCCUGAGUGCAGGAAAAGCUUCGGUCGUCUCUCGCACCUUAAUAGACACCAGACAAUCCACACAGGAGAGAGACCCUUUAAAUGCUUGGACUGUGGGAACAGCUUUCGUGACAGCUCAUCCCUCAUCAGACAUCAGAGAAUCCACACACAAGAGAAACCCUACACAUGCCACAUCUGUGGAAAAACCUACAGGUCGAGCUCAUCCUUUACUAAACAUUGGAAACUCCACACAGGAGAGAAACAUUAUAAAUGUACCGACUGUGGGAAAAGCUUCAUUCAGAGUUCGCACCUUAUGCAACAUCAGAGAAUCCACACCGGCGAGAAACCCUACAAUUGCAUUGACUGUGGGAAAAGCUUCAGUGACAGCUCGCACCUUAUUAAACACCAGAGAACCCACACGGGACAGAAGCCCUAUAAAUGCCCCGACUGCAGGAAAAGCUUUGGUCGGAGCUCAGACCUCAUUAUCCACCAAAGAAUCCAUACGGGAGAGCGGCCCUAUAAAUGCUGUGACUGUGGGAAAAGCUUCACAGAUCGAUCAACCUUUAUUAAACAUCAGCGAAUCCACACAGGAGAGAAACCGUAUAAGUGCCCCAAGUGUGGGAAAAGUUUCAGUGACAACUCAGCCUUUAUUCGGCAUCAGAGAAUCCACACUCCCUCUGUGCCCACCCCGGGGGGACCUUCUGCGGGUGGCUGGAACCAGCCCCUGGGGCAGCCCCGGGUUCUGCCGACACCAGCCCCUGAGCCGGAGCCUGCAGUGUGUCCAAUUCCCAAACCUAACGUGAUCUCUCAGAUGGAACGAAGAGAAGAGUUGGAGGUGCCGGAUCUCCAGGGUUCUGAGGAGAGGGAGAUCCUGAAACACAGCUGCACAGGUGCUCCUCCGGAAGAUCCUGAGCAAGUGGACUCAAACAGGAUGUUUUCAGAAAGAGCCAAAAGAAAUGUUUCCCAGAAUCCUGAGCAGAGUCAGCACAUAUCAGAGAGGGAGCAGGGAAACCACAAAGGGGGGAGAGAGGAAAAAUCCAGUGACCACCAGGGAGGUUUCAAUGUUCUUAAUGAAACCACGAUCCAGCUGAGAGUCCAUAUGGGGGAAAGAUCCUACGAGUGUGCUGAAUGUGGGAAAGCCUUUAGUUGGCGAUCACACCUUACUGCCCAUGAGAGAAUCCAUACAGGAGAGAAACCCUAUAAAUGUCUGGACUGUGGGAAAAGUUUUAGUCAGAGAUCCCACCUUACUACACAUGAGAGAAUCCACACGGGUGAGAAGCCCUAUAAAUGCCCCGACUGCAAGAAAAACUUCCGUCGCAACUCACAGCUUAUUAAUCAUCUGAAAUCCCACAUGGGACAGAAGCCAUAUAAGUGUCCCGACUCUGGGAAAAGCCUCCGGCGCGUUUCACGCCUUACUGCGCACAGUGGAGAGAUGGCUUAUCAAUGCCCGGACUGCAAGAAAAGCUACAGUCAGAUGUCACACCUCGUUAGACAUCAAAGGUUCCACACAGGAGAGAAACCUUAUAAGUGCCUCGACUGUGGGAAAAGCUUCUGUCAGAGCUCAGACCUUAUUACGCAUCAGAGAAUCCACACGGGGGAAAAGUCCUACACAUGCUCUGAAUGUGGGAAAAGCCUCAAUAGAAUCUCACACCUUGUUGCACAUCAUCGAUCCCACGCUGGAGAGGCGCCUUACCAAUGCCCCGACUGUGAGAAAAGCUUCAGUCAGAUGUCGCACCUCAUUAGACAUCAGAGGUUCCACAAGGGAGAGAAACCCUACAAGUGCCUCGACUGUGGGAAAAGCUUCUGUCAGAGCUCAGACCUUAUUACGCAUCAGAGAAUCCACACGGGAGAGAAGCCCUAUAAAUGCCCCGAGUGCGGGAAAGGAUUCAGUCGGAGCUCAAACCUUAUUGCCCACCAGAGAACCCACACGGGAGAGAAACUCUAUCAGUGCUCCCACUGUGGGAAGAGCAUGACCCGGAGUUCAAACCUCGUUCGACAUCAGAGAACUCACACCAGGGGAAAACUGUUUAAAAAAAGCCUGGAUCCAACCUAGCCAUUGUGAAUAAUACACUGGCCUUUUCCUGUUAAUGAUGGCGGUGUUUGGACCCAGUUACUCAAAGGAGGCUCCUAAUUUCUGUUGAAAUCAAUAGAAGUCAGGAGCAUAAAUAGCUUUUGACAAUCUGGGCUUUGGCUCCAAUGUACGUCUGGGGUCAGGAGAUUGGGAACCAGAAUGAAAGGCACAGUUGCUUGGGAAUUGUGACACAGAUGAUGAACAUAGGCAUAUGUUCAAAGACCAUUAUACUGAGAUAGACCAUGCACAUGAAUCUGCGGAAUAUUCAUAGUCCUUUGUAUCGAUGCAGGCAUAUGUUUUCAUGUGUAUGUUUCAAAUCUGUAGAGAGUGAUUAAUGCAAAACUCCCAAACCUGGCUAUGUAGCUGUUCAAUCUUUGAAGUCUGACCUCCUAGGCCAUAGGGGGAGUUAUUAAAAUUGGUAACUAACUCAGCUUCCCUGAACAGAAGAUUCCCUCACAGUGAUCAGGUUGAUUAUUGUAUUGAAUUAACUGGAUUUGUCUAUUAUUUUCAGCAAACUGAAUAUUCUCUGUUAAGUUUACCUUUUUUAUCUUAUUUUUCCCUUUUCUCUAGAACCAUCUUUCUUUUGUUUUCUGCAAUUUCUGACUUAUUCUUAAUAGCAUUCUAGUUAAGAAAACCUAUACAUUCAGGAGCACCAAUGGACUGGUUUGGGUUUGCAAUGUCCUGAACUGGAUGCUGGAGACAGAAUUGGGAUGAUGUGUUUUUUUUCUUACUUUAAAUGCAGAGGAAUAAAGUGCAACUGAGUUUCCCAAA